UGCAUCGCAAACGCCAUCUACAUCAGCGGAAAUAGGGUGAUGACCUGUGACCUUGGGACGCUAAAGUGGAAUUCUGCCACUGUCGUCUGCUUAGACUUGUCACCAUACGUAGCAUUGGGUUAUACAGAAGUUUGUACCACAGAGUCUGUUCUCAAGUUUGUCGGAAACAAGGUGAAAUUUGAUGUAGCAAAAGGAAGCUGUGAGGGUGACGGCGGCCAUCUCGCCAGACCACGAACUACUGUCCGCUGGAACUGCCUUAAAGAAUAUUGCUUUGUAAAAAGUAGAGAAGUGCACGUGUGGAUGGACAUCACAGAUAGGAUCGAGGAAGGCGUAUUACUUUUCACUGACAACAGUCCGGUCCCGCUCCCUCACUACUGGCAACCGGGUGAACCAUUGGCUUCAACGAAAGACAGUGUAGACUGUGUCGCCGUAUGGUCCGAUGCUAAACAGUGGGAUGAUUUGCCCUGUGGCAAUGUGGCACACUAUAUGUGUGAAAUAGAACUAUAAAAAUUAUGUUGAUUACAUGAGAGAGUGUUUCUUUAAUGUCAGCUUCCUGUUCCUUUCCUAUCAAUGUAGCGGAACAACUUCAAAAAUUUUAUUGACAAACAAUUACGGCAAAAGGAUUGGUAUCAGCAGAAUCUAUUCAAGUCUUCUCAAAAACAACAACGCAGCGGUACAAGGCAAAAUAUAUUUCACAUGUAACAUCUCGCAUCAUUAGAUUACAGUGAAGUGCAAGGAAGACAACUCCUAUACAGACUGCAUACUUUUAACUUUAAACAUUGAUAACUACAAAAUAUUUGUUUUAUAAAGAAAUACAAAGGUAUGUAUAUGUACAGAAAUCAUUUAGGUUAAACAGACUAUUUAAAAGUAGUGGGUGUGUUUUAGUUUCCUCAAAACUCAACAUCAGAUUAAUUACCUUUUGUAAAAUUGAAUAAUUUGUAUGCGUGCGUUCGUUCGUGCGUGUAAUAACUAUUUAAAGAGAGAAUAUGCGAAAAUGAAACUUCCAACGCCGUCUUACAUAUAUAGUACUUAAGAUGAUCUUAACAUAAUUGGAAAUGGCGAGAAUA